UCGACAGACGUCAGUCGUUUUCUAUUCGCGUUCCGUGCAAGUUGACGAUCCUUCUCGUGAUAUUGUGCAAAAAUGCCAGACAACGUGCCCGUCGCCGAAUUGCAGAAAAUGGAUUUAAACCAGCAAAAGGCAUGAUUCCGCUCACCUUACUAUGUUAAAUUAACUACACAAACUUUUGUGCUUGAGAAUGCGACUGCUAGCGGCGCUAUCCGUCUUACAUAAAGCUGUCAAUAUACGGCCUGCGAUCGGCAGUAUUCUAGUGUUAAAGCACCAACAACAAGGACAACAUCAAUUUCGGUCCCAGUACGCGACUCUGGCGAGCAAGAUGAAGAAAGAAAAGCAGAAAAAUCAACAAGAGAAAGGAAGUAGCAAUGCUCCCGCUGCGGCAAAACCUCUCCCCGAUUUUAUCGACCAUCGCAUAAAAUUGUACGAUGAACUGAAGGCUCAGUAUUUGGAAGAGUUGGCCAAGAAGCCAAAAAAUCCCAUCAAGGUUGUACUUCCGGAUGGGAAAGAAAUCGAGGCUACUAGCUGGGAAACCACUCCGUACGAUGUGGCCAAGGGUAUUAGCCAGGGUUUGGCCGAUAAUACGGUAAUAGCGCGCGUAAACAAUGAACUGUGGGAUUUGGAUCGGCCGCUGGAGGGUAGCUGCAAGCUGCAGCUGUUGAAAUUUGAAGAUCCCGAUGCACAGGCUGUGUUCUGGCACAGUUCGGCUCACAUUUUGGGCGAGGCUAUGGAAAAGCAAUACGGAGGUCAUCUGUGCUACGGUCCACCAAUUGAUAAUGGUUUUUAUUACGAUAUGUACCUGGAAGGCAGUGGAAUAUCCAACCAAGAAUACGGCACACUGGAGGCUGAUGUGAAGAAAAUCGUCAAGGAGAAGCAACAGUUCGAGCGACUGGAAAUGAAAAAAUCCGAUCUGUUGAAAAUGUUCGAAUACAAUCAGUUCAAGGUUCGCAUUCUGAAUGAGAAAGUCACCACUGAUACCACAACCGUAUACCGCUGUGGUUCGUUGAUCGAUUUGUGUCGUGGGCCGCACGUUCGCCACACCGGGAAGGUAAAGGCACUGAAGGUGGUUAAGAACUCAUCUGCCUAUUGGGAGGGUGACGCUACCGCUGAAACAUUGCAACGUGUUUACGGAAUAUCCUUCCCGGAUCCCAAACAAUUGAAGGAGUGGGAGAAACUCCAGGAGGAGGCGGCCAAGCGUGAUCACAGAAAGCUGGGCAAAGAACAGGAGUUAUUUUUCUUCCACGAGCUUUCGCCGGGCUCGUGCUUCUUCCAACCAAAGGGAGCACACAUUUACAACACUCUGAUGAACUUCAUUCGUGGCGAAUAUAGGAAGCGUGGCUUCCAAGAGGUGAUCUCUCCAAAUAUCUACAAUUCUAAGCUGUGGCAAACUUCGGGUCACUGGCAACACUAUGCUGAAAAUAUGUUCUCCUUCGAGUGCGAGAAGGAAACGUUUGCUCUUAAGCCGAUGAAUUGUCCAGGUCAUUGCUUGAUGUUUGAUCACCGCAACAGAUCGUGGCGUGAGCUGCCAUUGAGAAUGGCCGAUUUCGGUGUACUGCACCGAAACGAACUGUCCGGAGCGUUAACUGGAUUAACCCGUGUUCGUCGAUUCCAACAGGAUGAUGCUCACAUUUUCUGCAUGCCAGAUCAGAUCCGGGAAGAAAUCUCCGGAUGCUUGGACUUCUUACGGCACGUCUAUGGUGUCUUCGGAUUCACUUUCAAUCUGGUUCUUUCCACACGCCCGGAAAAGUACUUAGGUGACAUUGAGGUCUGGAAUGAGGCUGAGAAGGCGUUGGCUGAAUCUCUGGAUAAAUUUGAACAGCCCUGGAAGGAAAAUCCAGGAGACGGUGCUUUCUAUGGACCUAAAAUCGAUAUCACCAUCAUGGAUGCGCUCAAGCGACAUCACCAGUGUGCUACUAUUCAACUCGAUUUUCAGCUACCCAUUAGAUUCAAUCUGAACUAUAUCGACGAUAAUGGUGAGAAGAAACGCCCCGUCAUUAUUCACCGAGCGGUUCUUGGAUCGGUGGAGCGUAUGAUCGCUAUCCUUACUGAAAGUUACGCCGGAAAGUGGCCCUUCUGGUUGUCUCCCAGACAAAUUAUGGUCGUUCCUGUUGGGCCACAGUUUGAUGAGUAUGCAGAUAAAGUUCGCUCACGUCUACACGACUCGGGCUUCAUGGCUGAAGCGGAUCUCGAUGCUGGUGAUACAAUGAACAAAAAGAUUCGUAACGCACAGUUGGCGCAGUUCAAUUUUAUUCUUGUUGUCGGAGAGAAGGAACGCAGCUCGGAGACCGUCAACGUGCGUACCCGUGACAACAAAGUUCACGGUGAGGUAUCGAUUGAUGACCUAAUUGUGAAGCUGCGUAAACUAUCAGAUGAAUACGCAAAAGGAGAAGAUCAAUUCUAAAUAAUUCACGAGAUGCUAGAUGGUUUCUCUCCUUUUUCACUAAACUAUAACUAUCUUGUGCAUUUAACCUACGGUCCCUCGUAGUGCUACGACUGCUGACUUGCCCCCCGUCAGUAGAAUAUCAUUACACACAGCGUUCGUUUUUUAUAAUUUAUAUUUAUGUACUUGCUUGAAGCAAAUAAGUUCUUUGGAAAUACAGUUUCAAUAUAUGAAUUAAAAGUU